GCCGCCCCGCAGCCCGCGGCGGCGCUAGCGGCCUCUCGCCGGGGCGGGCGAGUUCUGGGAAAGCCCGGCCCAGGGCGGGGACCCUGCUGCAGCCCGCGCAGCCGUCGCCGACCCGGCAGCGCGUACAGCUCGGCGGGCGCGGACUGGGAACCGCUAGGGUGCUCACGGUAACGCUGGGCAAGGCGGGCAACCCGGCAGGCGGCAGGCUCGCGCGGCGGGAGGGGCAGCGGCGGCGCGCCCGGGCUCUGCCUCCCGGGCACUUGCCUGGCUCCUGGGCUUUCCUGGACAUCGGCUCUGCAGCUGACACACAGUAGCUGGGACACCCGACGCCGCCAGCGAGAGGCGCGCGAUCGGCGGGUCCCAGAGGGGCGCUGCACUUGGGGACGCCGGCGAGACUCCAGGAGCGAAGAGAUAGGCAGAAUUGGAAUUCUACUAUUAGAUGGAUAAACACCAUCCUUGAGGAUUCUCGACACACAGUGUGGACUUCCUUUUCUGGACUAAAACAUGAAAUAGAAGAGCAGCAAACCUACAGGAUGAAGCUUGGUCCUCAUCAUUACCUUAGAAUCUGGAUGCAGGAAUCAUUCAAACUGGAUUUUUAAAUCAUUGCAAGUCAAUGAUGUAUCAGAAGUUGCAGAGUGCAAGCCUGAGUAACAGUCUUCAAAAAAUUUUGCUUCAGAUAACAGAGAAAAGAAAAUUGAUCUACCAUCUUAAAACUCUGAUCUAGAAAAAUAUAUAUUCAUGAUAAGAAGUUAUAAUUGAGAAAAAUUAUUUUCCUCUUAAUGCACCUGAAUGAAAGGAACUAUCCCUUUGUUUCUUGGGAGGAGUUGUAUGUCUAAGAUUGUCAUAAUAAUGAGUCAUUUUAUUAAAACCUUGACAUGAUCACCAGGGAAGAGAAAUAGAGCAAUAGCUGGAACCUGUGUGUUAGUCCAAGAUGACUUCUGAAGAAAUGACAGCUUCUGUUCUCAUACCUGUGACUCAGAGAAAAGUUGUUUCUGCCCAGUCAGCUUCAGAUGAAAGUAGUGAAAAGGUCUCAGAUAUCAAUAUUCCAAAAGCACAUACUGUCAGACAGACUGAGCAGACUUCUCAUACCAUCUCACGACUGAACAAACUUAGAGAAGAAUCUUCUGGAAGCAACUUGCCAGAGAUUCUCUCAGUAGCAAGGGAGAAAAUAGUGAGUGAUGAGAACAGUAAUGAAAAAUGCUGGGAGAAAAGCAUGCCAGAUUCUGUGAAAAACCUUAACAUUAACUGCAACAACAUAUUGAGAAACCAUCAGCAUAGCCUUCCUCAGAGACAGUUUUAUGAAAUGCGCAACUCUGUUGCUGAGGAAGACCUGUGUUUAGAAACUGGAAUUCCUUCUCCACUGGGAAGAACGGUGUUCCCUGGAAUUCAACUGGAACUAGACAGACCUCCCAUGGACAUUAGUCCUUUGGGAAAUCAGUCGACGAUCCUAGAGACAGACAGAGUACACCCUGACAGCAGCACGGCAGUAUUUCAUUUUCAUUAUGAAGUUGACAGAAGAAUGUCAGACACUUUCUGUACCCUGUCAGAAAAGUUAAUUUUAGAUGACUGUGGAAAUUGUGUACCACUACCCAGGGGUGAGGAGAAGCAAAAGAAAAACUAUGUGGCAUAUACCUGUAAACUAAUGGAAUUGGCAAAAAAUUGUGAUAGUAAGAAUGAGCAGUUGCAGUGUGAUCAUUGUGACACCUUGAAUGAAAAAUACUUUUGCUUUGAAGGCUCUUGCCAGAAGGUUGAUCUGGUAUAUUCAAGUGAUAGUUUUUCCAGGGAAGAUUUUAGUGACAGUCAAGCUGCCAAGACCUUUUUGAGCCAUUUUGAGGACUUCCCUGAUAAAUGUGAAGAUGUAGAAGAAGACUUUUUUAAAAGCAAAAAGGAGCGGUCCACUCUGUUAGUCAGAAGAUUCUGCAAAAAUGACAGAAAAGUUAAGAAAUCUGUGUAUACCGGAACAAGAGCAAUUGUGAGAACUCUGCCUUCUGGCCACAUUGGGCUGAUUGCAUGGAGUUACAUUGAUCGGAAGAGAAAUAGUCCCUUACUGCCUUGUGGGAGAGUAAUGGAACCCCUGUCAACGGUGGAGAUAAGGCAAGAUGGGAGCCGACAUCUAUCAGAAGCCCAGUGGUAUCCUAUCUACAAUGCAGUGAGAAGAGGAGAAGAAACUGAAAAUACAGUUGGAGCUCUACUCCAUUUCUUCACAAAGCUCCCAGCCUCUGAGACAGCCCAUGGAAGGAUAAGCAUUGGUCCGUGCUUAAAGCAAUGUGUCCGAGACACCGUAUGUGAGUAUCGCGCCACCCUCCAAAGGACGUCAAUAUCGCAGUACAUCACUGGUUCCCUCCUAGAAGCAACCACCUCUUUGGGAGCAAGAAGUGGUCUUCUCAGUACUUUUGGAGGAUCCACUGGACGAAUGAUGCUGAAAGAACGCCAGCCAGGCCCCUCUGUGGCCAAUUCUAAUGCCCUCCCUUCAAGUUCAGCUGGGAUCAGUAAGGAGCUGAUUGAUCUGCAGCCUCUCAUCCAAUUCCCAGAGGAAGUUGCCAGCAUCCUGAUGGAGCAGGAGCAGAGUAUUUACCGCAGGGUCUUGCCAGUUGACUACCUCUGCUUCUUAACCCGGGACUUGGGCACUCCUGAAUGCCAGAGGUCCCUGCCCUGCCUCAAAGCGUCCAUCUCAGCGUCGAUUCUUAGCACUCAGAAUGGAGAGCACAAUGCCCUUGAAGAUCUGGUGGUGAGGUUUAAUGAGGUGAGCUCCUGGGUGACGUGGCUGAUCCUCACGGCAGGCUCCAUGGAGGAGAAGCGGGAAGUCUUUUCAUAUUUGGUGCAUGUGGCCAAAUGCUGCUGGAACAUGGGCAACUACAAUGCUGUGAUGGAGUUCUUGGCUGGCCUCAGGUCAAGAAAAGUUUUAAAAAUGUGGCAGUUUAUGGACCAGUCUGAUAUUGAGACCAUGAGGAGCCUGAAGGACGCUAUGGCCCAGCACGAGUCCUCUUGUGAGUACAGAAAGGUGGUGACACGUGCGCUGCACAUCCCUGGCUGUAAGGUGGUUCCGUUCUGUGGGGUGUUUCUGAAGGAGCUCUGUGAAGUGCUCGACGGCGCCUCCGGCCUCGUGAAGCUUUGCCCACAGUACAAUUCCCGAGAGGAAACUUUAGAGUUCGUAGCAGAUUACAGUGGACAAGAUAAUUUCUUACAACGAGUGGGACAAAAUGGCUUAAAGAAUUCGGAGAAGGAGUCCACUGUCAACAGCAUCUUUCAGGUCAUCCGCAGCUGCAGUCGAAGUCUGGAGACAGAGGAGGAGGACAGCCCCGGUGAAGGGAACAGCUCCAGGAAAAGUUCCCUGAAGGACAAAACCCGAUGGCAGUUUAUAAUUGGAGAUUUGUUGGAUUCAGACAGUGACAUCUUUGAGCAAUCCAAAGAAUAUGACUCUCAUGGUUCAGAGGACUCACAGAAGGCCUUCGAUCAUGGGACGGAGCUCAUCCCAUGGUACGUGCUGUCCAUCCAAGCCGACGUGCACCAGUUCCUGCUGCAGGGGGCCACGGUCAUCCACUACGACCAGGACACACACCUCUCUGCCCGCUGCUUCCUCCAGCUUCAGCCCGACAACAGCACCUUGACCUGGGUAAAGCCCACAACUGCCUCCCUAGCCAGCACUAAAGCAAAACUUGGUGUACUUAAUAACACAGCUGAGCCUGGAAAAUUCCCACUCCUGGGCAAUGCUGGAUUAAGUGGCCUGACAGAAGGGGUCUUGGAUCUUUUUGCAGUGAAGGCUGUAUACAUGGGCCACCCUGGCAUUGAUAUACACACUGUGUGUGUUCAGAACAAACUGGGUAGCAUGUUUCUGUCAGAGACUGGCGUGACACUGCUCUAUGGGCUUCAGACCACAGACAAUAGAUUAUUGCACUUCGUGGCACCAAAGCACACAGCUAAAAUGCUCUUCAGCGGAUUGUUGGAACUCACUAGAGCUGUGAGAAAGAUGAGGAAAUUCCCUGACCAAAGACAGCAGUGGCUGCGGAAACAGUACGUCAGCCUCUAUCAGGAGGAUGGACGGUAUGAAGGCCCAACUUUGGCUCAUGCUGUGGAGUUGUUUGGUGGCAGACGAUGGAGUACACGAAAUCCCAGCCCUGGGACAUCAGCAAAGAAUGCUGAGAAGCCCAAUAUGCAGAGAAACAACACGCUGGGCAUAAGCACUACCAAGAAAAAGAAGAAAAUCCUCAUGAGGGGUGAGAGUGGAGAGGCGACUGACGACGAGAUGGCAACCCGAAAGGCCAAGAUGCACAAAGAGUGUCGAAGCCGAAGUGGUUCUGAUCCUCAAGACGUUAAUGAACAAGAAGAAUCAGAGGUGAAUGCCAUCACUAUCCCUCCAAACUCCCUCCCUUCCAGAAGAGCCCACUCUUUGACCACAACUGGGUCUCCCAACUUGGCUGCUGGGACGACGUCAUCUCCCAUCAGGCCAGUGUCCUCCCCUGUGCUGCCUUCUUCAAACAAGAGCCCAUCCAGUGCUUGGAGCAGUAGUAGCUGGCAUGGGCGGAUCAAAGGCGGCAUGAAGGGAUUUCAGAGCUUCAUGGUUUCAGACAGCAACAUGAGUUUUGUUGAAUUUGUUGAGCUGUUCAAAUCAUUCAGUGUCCGGAGCCGCAAGGACCUGAAGGAUCUGUUUGAUGUCUAUGCGGUGCCCUGCAACCGAUCCGGCUCUGAGUCAGCCCCACUCUACACCAACCUCACAAUUGAUGAAAACACCAGCGAUCUUCAGCCUGACCUAGAUCUGUUGACCAGAAAUGUUUCGGAUUUGGGGUUGUUCAUUAAGAGUAAACAGCAGCUGUCGGACAACCAGAGGCAGAUAUCUGAUGCCAUUGCUGCUGCAAGCAUCGUGACAAAUGGCACUGGGAUCGAGAGCACAUCUCUGGGCAUUUUCGGGGUGGGCAUACUUCAGCUCAACGAUUUCCUCGUGAAUUGCCAAGGAGAGCACUGCACUUAUGAUGAAAUCCUCAGCAUCAUCCAGAAGUUUGAGCCUAGCAUCAGUAUGUGUCAUCAGGGACUAAUGUCAUUUGAAGGGUUUGCAAGGUUUCUGAUGGAUAAAGAAAAUUUUGCCUCAAAAAAUGAAGAGUCACAGGAGAACGUCAAAGAACUGCAGCUACCCCUCUCAUACUAUUACAUUGAAUCUUCACACAAUACCUACCUCACAGGCCAUCAGCUCAAAGGAGAAUCCUCGGUGGAACUCUAUAGCCAGGUCCUCUUGCAAGGCUGUAGAAGUGUAGAAUUGGACUGCUGGGAUGGAGAUGAUGGGAUGCCCAUCAUUUAUCAUGGACAUACACUGACAACCAAGAUCCCCUUCAAGGAAGUGGUUGAAGCCAUUGAUCGCAGUGCCUUCAUCAACUCUGACCUGCCAAUCAUCAUAUCGAUUGAGAACCACUGUUCAUUGCCUCAGCAACGAAAAAUGGCAGAAAUUUUCAAGACUGUGUUUGGAGAAAAGCUGGUGGCUAAAUUCUUGUUUGAGACUGAUUUCUCAGAUGAUCCAAUGCUUCCUUCACCUGACCAACUCAGAAGGAAAGUGCUUCUUAAAAACAAGAAGCUAAAAGCCCAUCAGACACCAGUGGACAUCUUAAAGCAAAAGGCUCAUCAGUUAGCAUCUAUGCAAGCACAGGCUUAUAAUGGUGGGAAUGCCAACCCCCUACCUGCCAAUAAUGAGGAAGAGGAAGAUGAGGAGGACGAAUAUGAUUAUGACUAUGAAUCCCUUUCUGAUGCAGAUGUCCUUACUGCCUCCCCUGCUCCUAACAGUCAGGAAGACAACAUUCUAGAAGACAGACCUGAAAAUAAAUCAUGUAAUGACAAGCUUCAGUUCGAGUAUAAUGAAGAAAUCCCGAAGAGGAUAAAGAAAGCAGAUAACUCAGCUUGCAACAAAGGAAAGGUUUAUGAUAUGGAACUAGGAGAAGAAUUUUAUCUUGCUCAGAAUAAAAAGGAAAGCAGACAGAUUGCACCAGAGCUUUCUGACCUUGUAAUCUAUUGCCAAGCAGUAAAAUUUCCAGGCCUGUCAACUCUAAAUGCAUCUGGCUCUAGCAGAGGAAAAGAAAGGAAAAGCAGGAAGUCCAUUUUUGGCAACAAUCCGGGCAGAAUGAGCCCAGGGGAGACAGCAUCAUUUAACAAAACAUCUGGAAAAAGUUCCUGUGAAGGAAUUCGACAGACCUGGGAGGAAUCUUCUUCCCCUCUCAACCCAACCACCUCCCUCAGCGCGAUCAUUAGAACUCCCAAAUGUUAUCAUAUCUCGUCGCUGAAUGAAAAUGCUGCCAAACGUCUAUGUCGCAGGUAUUCUCAGAAACUGAUCCAGCACACCGCCUGUCAGCUGCUAAGAACUUAUCCUGCUGCCACCCGCAUCGACUCUUCCAACCCGAACCCCCUCAUGUUCUGGCUCCAUGGGAUACAGCUCGUGGCACUCAACUACCAGACCGAUGAUCUCCCUUUACAUUUAAAUGCUGCAAUGUUUGAGGCAAAUGGUGGUUGUGGUUAUGUUUUGAAGCCUCCAGUUCUGUGGGACAAGAACUGUCCCAUGUAUCAGAAGUUUUCUCCACUGGAAAGAGAUCUGGAUAACAUGGACCCUGCAGUCUAUUCUUUAACCAUUGUCUCUGGUCAGAAUGUGUGCCCCAGUAACAGCACAGGAAGCCCGUGCAUUGAAGUCGACGUCCUGGGCAUGCCUCUGGACAGCUGCCAUUUCCGCACGAAGCCCAUCCAUCGAAACACCCUGAACCCCAUGUGGAACGAGCAGUUUCUGUUCCGCAUUCACUUUGAAGAUCUUGUAUUUCUUCGUUUCGCAGUUGUGGAAAACAACAGUUCAGCGGUAACAGCGCAGAGAAUCAUUCCACUGAAAGCUUUAAAACGAGGAUAUCGACAUCUUCAGCUGCGAAACCUUCACAAUGAAGUCUUGGAAAUCUCUAGUUUGUUCAUUAACAGCAGAAGGAUGGAAGAAAAUUCGUCUGGCAGUACCAUGUCAGCCUCUUCGAUGUUUAAUACAGAAGAAAGAAAGUAUUUGCAGACUCACAGAGUCACGGUGCAUGGGGUCCCAGGGCCAGAGCCCUUUACGGUUUUCACUAUUAAUGGAGGCACCAAGGCAAAGCAGCUUCUGCAGCAGAUUCUGACAACUGAACAAGACAUCAAACCUGUUGCCACAGACUAUUUUUUGAUGGAAGAAAAAUAUUUUAUAUCUAAAGAAAAGAAUGAAUGCAGGAAACAACCAUUUCAGAGAGCCAUUGGUCCAGAAGAAGAGAUCAUGCAAAUUUUAAGCAGCUGGUUUCCAGAAGAGGGAUAUGUGGGCAGGAUUGUCUUAAAAACUCAGCAGGAAAACCUAGAAGAGAAAAACAUUGUUCAAGAUGACAAAGUAGUGAUUUUGAGCUCAGAGGACGAGAGUUUCUUUGUCCAAGUGCAUGAUGUUUCUCCAGAGCAACCUCGAACAGUCAUCAAAGCACCCCGCCUCAGCACUGCACAGGAUGUCAUUCAGCAGACCUUAUGCAAAGCCAAAUAUUCCUAUAGCAUUCUGAACAACCCCAAUCCAAGUGACUAUGUGCUUUUGGAAGAGGUGAUGAAAGACGCUACCAACAAGAAGUCUACCACACCAAAGUCCUCUCAGCGGGUCCUUCUGGAUCAGGAAUGUGUGUUUCAAGCCCAAAGCAAGUGGAAAGGUGCAGGAAAAUUCAUUCUUAAGCUAAAGGAGCAGGUGCAGGCAUCUCGAGAAGAUAAAAAGAAAGGCAUUUCUUUUGCAAGUGAACUCAAGAAGCUCACCAAGUCAACUAAACAGCCCCGAGGACUUACAUCACCUCAGCUCUUGGCCUCAGAAAGUAUCCAAAACAAGGAGGAGAAACCUAUGGGUGGCCUGUCCUCCAGUGACACAAUGGAUUAUCGACAGUGACUAAGGGCAGCAUGUUUAACCCAGGUGAAGAUCUUUCAGCAAGAAGUUAAAGAGUGAACAUUGUGGAAAAAAUAUCAUUUACUUACUUUCAUUAGACUUAAACUGGAAAUUGAUGAUUUCUGAACUGAAGCCUUCACACAUGUGAGAUCCAUGCUGAGGAGAAGCAAAUGGCAUAGGACUAGUUGCCACCAACCAAUUUACUGAUGAAUGUCACAAUGAAGCCCAGGAGACUGCCCUUUUAUAAAUGUCAGCAGUUGGAAAAAUCAUCACUAAUUGACUUAGAGCAAGGGUCAGCAAGCUUGUCUGUAAAGGGCCAAAUAGUAAAUAUUUUAAGGCCAGGGGCCAUAAAAUAUGUUGCAACUACUCUGCCGCUAUAGUACAAAUGCAGCCACAAACCAUACAUACAUGAAUGAACGUGGCUGUAUUCCAAUAAAACUUUAUGGACACUGAAA